AUGGACAUCUUCUCGCCAGCUCAACCACUCCACUCAUUGACAGCCCUCUUCAUCAUAUGGAAAGGCUUCCUUUUAUCCAUUGCUCUCGGAACCAUCGUAGCCCCAGAUUACGACACAUCCACUUCGCUCUUUUUCGACCGCGUCUACGGCAGUAAUGUGACCAUCCCAACCAUCGCAGCCAAGUUGACACGAUGGGACGCGCUGUAUUUCAUGCACUCAACCAUCAAGGGGUACGUCUACGAGCAAGAAUGGGCAUUUGGACUUGGCCUACCAACGACCGUCGGUGCUCUAUCAAAGCUGUUGUCGCCAAUCGCGCCAGCAAACUAUGCUCUUGAGCCCAUCAGCGGCAUCGUCCUCGCCCACGCAUCGCACUUCAUUGCCGUCUUAGCAUUGCACCGUCUCACGAUGCUUCUAUCCGGGAAUGCCAAACUCUCAUACGUCUCCGCCGCGUUGCAUGUACUCUCUCCGGCUGGCCUGUUUCUCUCUGCACCCUACAAUGAAAGCCCGUUUGCAGGUCUCUCGUUUCUCGGAAACUUGCUCUUUGCAAUCGGUCUCAAAAGCAAGCCACACAGAGCAAAGCGUGACGCAGCCAUGGUUGUGUCCGGACUCCUUUUCGGUGCUGCCACCGCUUUUCGUAGCAACGGUCUCACGAGCGGACUCUUGUUUGCUGUGGAGGCAAUCAACAGCAUGUUGUUGUUUGCCCAAGCUCCUAGCUUGUGUAACCUGCUGUCGUUGGGCGCGCCAGUGCUGGGAGGGCUUUGUGUAGCCGCUGGGUCGGUGGUGCCACAGACGUUGGCAUGGAUGAGAUACUGCGGUUCCGAUGGAGUUGGGCGUCCGUGGUGCGACAAGCUGGUUCCUAGCAUUUACACCUUUGUGCAGGACCAUUACUGGAACGUAGGGUUUUUGAGAUACUGGGCGCUCAAUCAGCUUCCUUUGUUCUUGUUGGCAAGCCCAAUGCUAGUUAUCCUGGUAAAAUCUGGCCUUGACAUUGUUCAGCAGCCACGACAAAUCGUCGUGGUGUCCACGCAAGGCAGCAGUGAAUCGGAUUUCUGUACCUUUGUCCGAGCUUUGGCGGGUAGUCAAGUUCUGGUUGCAGUGUUGGCUAUCACUACGUACCAUGUUCAAAUCAUCACCCGUAUAUCAUCAGGAUACCCUGUUUGGUACUGGUGGGUGGCGAGUUGUCUUUUGGAUAAGAGGAGACAAGGCUAUGGAGUGGGCAUAGUCAUGUUCAUGGCGAUGUAUGGCGGUAUUCAGGGUGGGCUGUUCGCUUCGUUUUUGCCACCAGCUUAA